CAACACCAAAAGCCCCGCCCCGCUGUCACGCGCUGCGCGGGUUCCGGGUGCGGGCGGUGCGCGCAGGGCCACACGCAGGGAGGGCGGACGGGGUGACGGCAACCCGCGGCUGUCCCUUCCUGGUGCGUCCUCGUGGCUGAGCGCUGCGUAACCCCAACUCGGUCCCCCCCCCCCCCCCCCCGCACCCCACGCCGUCAUUACCGGGGCCGCCUCGUCCCCUCGUGCCACCCGUCCCCAUGUUGGGAGCAGCCGUCACCGCACUGCCGCAGCCAUGAGCAACGCGACGGCUCCCAGCGCUCCCGGCGCUGCGGGCGAUUCGUUGGUGGGCUCCGUGCUCGGCCCCUUCGUGCUGCUCACACUGCUGGGCGCCGUCCUGGCCGCGGUGAUGUACGUCCAGAAGAAGCGGAGGUCGGAGCGCCUGCGGCACCGCCUGCUGCCCAUGUACAGCUAUGACCCUGCUGAGGAGCUGCAGGAGUCGGAGCAUGAGCUGCUGGUGGAGGCAGAGGAGCACCAGAUGGGUCCCACCUGGGGCUCCCGUGGGGGUUGGAGGGCUUGAGGCUGCCCUCGAGCAGGACUGGACCCCACAGCUCCCCCCAGCAGUGGCAGCACAGCACCGGGAGCAGCACCAGCAUCCCCAUGAGCACGGAUGGUAAUGGGGCAUCUGCCACCUUCCUGCACAUUUUUCUGCUGCUUUUUGUUGAAACCACCCUAAAAACCCUAUAAAUGCACUGGGGACGGGGUGAGGAAGGCACUGGAGCUAUGGGACAGGUGCAGACCCACGGAGCACCCACGGGCUCCUAUUGGCCCUAUAUGGUGUUUGUGGGGUCAGGACACUCCAAGCUUCUUUAGUGGAGCAAAUAAACGUUUGUCUGUAAUAACAAUAGUGCUGGUGAUGGGCAGAACCCACACGGGGCUCAAUCCUAGACCCCACAGGAGGCUCAAUCACAGAGCAGAGCAUCAACCCCACCUCCAUCCCAGAGCAGAGCAUCAAACGUUUUUAUUCCAUAAAACGUUUUAUUCAAGUAACUGCAAAUAGGAAACCAGACGGUUGUUAACAGUGGAACAAAAAAAUAAACAGUAAUAAAUCCCCCCCUAUUUCCCCACACUGGCAGCACCCUGAA